GUGGUUAAUUCAGUGUAACUGGAUGCGUUAGUUUCUGCUGCUGCUGCUUUGGAUGUUGCAGUGUGACCGUGGACAUAAAGAAAAGAAAAGCAGCAACACACAUCCAGUCGCUUUUACACCCAGAUAACACAGGCUCUACACAGCACACAUCAGGAUUACCAUCGGAAAAUGCGUUAUAAUUAGCCUAAAGAAACCAUCAGCAUCGUCUGUUGUGAUCUGACACAAAACCAGACGCACUGGUUGGAUUUGGGGUUUUAUUAUUACUGGAGGGACAAACUGAACAUCAUCGAAACGGAUAAAUAAACGCGAUGUCGUCGGAAAAACACGGAUUGGAGGAGGCAGCGGGAAGGCAGUCCAUGUCUCAGCCGAUGAUGCAGAUGGCUCCGCCUCCUUACCUCCCUGCCCAGGACCCCAACAUGGCUCCACAUCCUCCUCCACCUGGCUGUGGCCAACAGCCCAAUUACCCCCCUCCCCCUCCCCCUCCUGGAUCAGAGGGGUACCUGCAGGAGACCCAGUUCCACUGCGGCACCCUCGGGCCCCAGGGAGCUCCGAACGGAUACCCGGUGCAGACGCACGGACCAGUGGGCACCGUCCCUCAUCCCCCAGUGGGCUAUAUACAUACGGGAUACCCCCUCCAGCUGCAGCCCUGCACGGCCUACGUGCCCGUCUAUCCCAUAGGCACAGGGGCGCAGCCUUACAUGCCCAACGGUGCACCUCAUCCAGGUGUUGCCCCCGGCCAGAUGGCCAUGCAUAUGCCCAACGGCAUUGCUCUGAUGGAGUCUCGUCGUCCUCCUCACGACUACCUGCCCAUCGCCGUCCUCACCACUGUCUGCUGCUUCUGGCCCACAGGAAUAAUCGCCAUCAUCAAAGCCGUGCAGGUGCGUACGGCUGUGGCUCGGGGCGAUAUGGUUACAGCAGAGAUCGCCUCGCGGGAGGCACGUAACUUCUCCUUCAUCAGUCUGGCGGUGGGGAUCGCCUCCAUCGUGCUCUGCACCAUACUCACGGUUGUGGUCAUCAUCGCCUCUCAGCACCACGAUGACGACUGGGAGCCCUAGAGAACACAGCGCGGGACACACCUCCAAUCCUGACCCCAGGCCAUCAUUCCAGUCGGUAUUCUGCUUUUUCUGUCACACAGCACACUUCUGACGCUCAAGACACCACAUCCUGAUCUACAGUCCAAAAUACGCUUUUACAGCCAUUUGCCCAUGUAUUAGUUACAAAAUAGUUUGACGGUAUGGUUAAAUGUUGGGAACACAGCGCAUCGACCAUGUUGUACACAUCCUGUUUCUCCUAAACAAAAGCCUGUUCUAGAUAAGUAGUUUAAAUAUAUAUAAAAAUAUAUUAAAUAUAAUAAAUAUAGCGUACUAAAGACUUGAGCUAGGUCAGGUGUGUUAUCAUUUGCUCUUGAAAUUUGCCAAAAUGUUACUUUUUAAAAGAAACACACAAGUACUACAAGAACAUAAUUUUGGUAUAAUUAUGUUUUUUGAUCUUCAAAACAUUCCAUCUAUUUUUUGUGCCAUUUAUCGGUUUAGAAGGAUAAUAUAUUUCUUUUUCGGGAUGCACCGACAAAUUUAGUUACUGAAAGUGUGGCCAAAUUGUGUUUUCUAUACGCUAAGUAUUGAAAAGUGUAAAAUAAUGUAUUGAAUAAGUCGAACGACUAAUAGAUUAUUGGAAUAAGUAACAUUUUCAUUUCUGUCGUGUGGUUCAGAAGAGUGUAUAUCAGUGUUGAUUACUCAGUGGUUUCUUUUCUGAAACCCAAGGCCAGAAGUCUACUCUACGCAGUACACAAACACAGAUGCUCAUACUUGGCUAAUGUGUUGCAUGCAUGCAGUUCUGUUGGGAUCAAAUGAGAGUAGAUUAACAUUGGUGGAUUUAACUUGAAAAAUGGUUUAUUGACGUCAUUCCACGAUUUAAAUAAAAUACCUUCUGAUGUUCAUUCAUGUUUAUUUCAUGAUUUAAGUAAGUAUGAAAAUACGAUCUGUUCACAUGCCGCUAUAGCAAUCUGUCAUGACACUUUACAGAGCCACAAAACUGUAUUUGUUGUUUAAAAUUACUAACUUUGAAAGCUGAGACACUCAGCAAACUGUUACUCUGCCAUGACGAUAUACUGACCCCAGAAGAAGACAAUUUAUACUAAUGUAUAGCACCCCUUGUGGCAACACUGAGAAGUGCAAUGUGUAUUUGCGUAUCAUUGUGAAUUUCUGACAAGUUUACAAUGCAGCAAUAUGUGAAAAUAGCUAAAAGCAUUUGUGUUCAUGUACUUGCGUAGUGUAUGUCUUGGGCCUAAGUGUUCCCAAGUGUCUUGUGUGCAAACCGGUCUCAAAUCAUUCCAGUUCCAGGUGUUCAAAGAAUGUAUUCUUGGGUGAAAUUAUUACUUCAUUAUUGACUACUGUAAAUUGGCUCUUCAUUGAAGGAACACAUGAGAUUUGUGUGUUGUGAACUACUGUAUUAUUUAUCGUUUAAACACUAAAUUAUUCAGUCGUGUAUUAAAUUGAUACUUCUAUAUUUAUUGAAAUGUGUAAUCAUAGGUCUAAACUGUUGUGCUGAAAUAUUUGGUUAUCUUUCCUAGAUAACAGUCUGUCAUCACAGAUGAUUGCUCAGCUGGCAUAUUUUGAUGACGCAUGUGAUAAUAUGCACUUUUAUGCUCAGUAAGCAAGUAGCCAGUUUGUCUCACGUCUUUGUAGAUGAGAGUGUAACUUGCUUCAAGUUCGGACCUCAUUGAAACUCCUCACAUGCUGCUGUCAGUUAGCUGUAGUUUGUUAGGUUAAUGCAUUUAGCACAAUGGUUUGGUUGAAUGAAAAGGACAAAACAAUCCUAGAGUGGUCCUACAAACACACACACACACACACACACACAUAUGUGUGUGUGUGUGUCUGUGUGUAGCUGACUGUAUAAUCUGUCAAACUCUUUGUUUUCAAACGAGAGUUUACCCAAAAAAUCUUCAUUUACUCGCACUCAUGGCUGUCCAAAAACCUUUAUGACUUUCUUUUUUCUAUGGAGCAUAAAAUGAGAAAUAGACCAAAUUCUUGAUAAUUCCAUAAUCUGAAGCUGUUGAGCCCCCAAAAUGACCAAAAAACAUAGUUUAAAAAAUGGUGUCAAAUAUAUUAUUUGGCUUUGCAAGAUUUGUAAUAUAGUGCCCAAAAUGUAUAAUUUUAUUUGAUUUGAUUUUAUUGUAAAAGACUGAAUCUGCUAUAUGUUGUGUUCCACGAAAGAAAGACAUAAAGAUAUAAAAGUAAUGCCAGAAUUAAAUUUUUGGAUGGAUUCAGUGGACAAUCUUUGAAUUUAUGUAUAAAGCUUUAGGAUUUCUACAUUUCUACAUGCCGAGAGUAAAACGAGCUUCAUUGUUUCAGUGAAAGACUAGAAAGAGAACAGCCAGUUUUGAUAAACAAGUGUCCAAAUGUGAAAGACGGGAGAAAAUCAUCUUUUGCAUCCAUUUUGAGCACUUACUUUCUGUCCUCUUCUGCCAUGACACUCAAUUUUAAGUAUUUAUUUUGCUAGUGUAAUUUGAACUAUGUCAUAUCGUUCUUUUCCUGCUCUCUUUAAUCGAUUUCUAAUAGCUUUCGGAUCUAUUUUUGAACAAAUGGCUUGCAGUAUAUUGCAAGUGUUUGGCUGAUCUGUUUGUUGAAGGACUUCUGAUGUUAGAGGUGUGAUUGCACAUGUUCAUCUUUAUAUGGGCUAAAAAUAUGACCCUUGUUUUCUAACUAAGAGAGCAUAGAUUCAAAAGAAAUCCUGUCUGUUAUUAAGACAAGCUAGUCUGAUACAUUUUAUUUUGGUGUUUUAAAGUUGUGCAAACACUGUACAGUUGAUGUGAACCUAACUCCUGUUUAUAAUUAGCCCAGCAACAUGCUUUUUCACACAGUUGUGAUAUAAAGCAAAUGCUUUAUUAUUAUAAACAUGGCCACUGAGAUCUGAUUGCAUAUAGUUACUGCACACAGUUUCUCUGAGCUUGUAAAUGUGGUAGGUUUAUAUAAAAAGCUGCGAGCUCCCUUGUGUUUGUGUGCUUUUAGAGGUUUAUUCUGAGGUGGAUCUCACACAAACCUGUCAAGAACAUGUUCAAGUCAGUGGAAAAAGAUAUAAAGUUAUACUUGCAUGAAUAAAAUGAAGCUUAUUUAAGGACUAUUAUUUAUUUUUGGCCUAACUUUGAUUGCAAUCAACCAUUUUUCCCAUUAAAAAAAACAAUAUUUCUUAUCGUAUUGCAAAUCUAAUGAGAAUUUCUCAGAAGAGAAAAACAUCCUGAGAGUUUGUCAAAAAUGGCUCUGUGAAAUAAUGUCUGUGAACUAAUGAUUUUACUCUUUCCUUUGAUUUUGGAUGUGAACUGUGACAUGUUUUUGUGAGAUUUACCCUCUCAAUGAGCCCAAGCAUUGAUUUGCCGUGUAUGAAUCCAGUGAUUUGAAUUAAAGAGGAGUACCUGGUUGUGCAAGAA